UGUGUGUAUCCCAAAGGAAGCUCUACUGGGUAGACAGUUACUACGGCUCUCUCCACGUGUCAGAGCUGGAUGGUCGUUUCCAGAAGAAGUUGCUGAGUGGCUGCAUGGGGCCUAACGCCACCUACUGCUUUGUCCGGCCCCGUGCCGUAGCCGUCAACCCCAAAUAUGGCUGGCUGUAUUGGACAGACUGGGGGGACACCGCCUACAUUGGCAGGGUUGGUAUGGAUGGUACCAACGCCACUGCCCUCAUCACCACCAAGCUGGAGUGGCCCAGUGCCCUGACCAUUGACUACACCACCAACAAGAUCUUCUUCGCCGACUCCCACCUCAAUUUCCUAGAUUUUGCUGAUAUGGACGGGGAGAACCGCCACCGGGCCAUAGCAGGCUCCCUGCCUCACCCCUUUGCCGUCACCCUGUUUGAAGACUGGGUCUACUGGACUGACUGGAACACCCACACCGUUGAGAAGGCCCACAAGUACACUGGCACCGGCCGCGUCGUCAUGGGCAACAACACACACCGGCCAAAUGACAUCCAUGUAUACCAUCCCUACAGGCAGCCUCGCAGCGAUAACCCUUGCGCAACACACCACCUAACCUGUAGCCACCUGUGUCUGAUUGGUCCUGGUGGGACCAGUGCUACGUGUGAGUGUCCAGACCACUUCAUUGGCCUCUCCGUGGGCUUCAAGGUCCAGUGUGUGGCCGACUGUUCCAGCACCCAGUUCCGCUGCGGAGACAACGAAAAGUGUGUCUCUAUCUGGUGGAAGUGUGAUGGUCAGUCCGACUGUGGUGACGGGUCCGACGAACCCCUCACCUGCCCGCCCCGCUACUGUCCAAUUGGUCAGUUCCAGUGCCAGGAUGGGAACUGCACUUAUCCUGGCUUCCUGUGUGACGGACACGCUGACUGCCGUGACAAUUCAGAUGAGGACGCUGCCCUCUGCAGUGACCACAGGUGUGCAGAAAAUCAGUUCCAGUGUAAGAACAAGCAGUGCAUCCCUGUGUCAUUGCACUGUGACGGCAUCAUCGACUGUUCUGAUGGGAGUGACGAGGACACUGAUGGCUGUGCCCAGAAGACAUGCCGACCGGGCCAGUUCACGUGCGCAAACGGAGUGUGUAUCCCGCCCAACUAUGUGUGUGAUGCUCAGAACGACUGCGGAGAUGGAUCCGAUGAGCCCUACGAGAUCUGCAUGGGGCCAGAACAUAACUGCGACGAGCUCACGGAGUUCUCCUGUAAGACCAACUACCGCUGCAUCCCCACCUGGGCCGUGUGCGAUGGCUCCAAUGACUGCAUCGACAACACCGACGAGCAGAACUGCGAGGCGUUGACCUGUGACCCCCUGGGCGACUUCCGUUGUGACAAUCACCGCUGUGUGCCCAUCCGCUGGAAGUGUGACGGCAGCAACGACUGUGGUGACGGCUCUGAUGAGAGGGACUGCGUGCCAAGGCCGUGCUCGGAGAGCGAGUAUCGCUGUGACAACCAGCAGUGCAUACCUGGAAACUGGGUGUGUGACCAUGACAACGACUGUGGGGACAACUCAGACGAGCGCGACUGUGAGUUGAAGACAUGUCGUCCAGGGUAUUUCCAGUGUCUGUCGGGUCACUGUAUCCCCGGCGCUCUUCAAUGUGACGGACGACCAGACUGCUUGGACAUCUCUGACGAGAGCUCCUGUCCGACCCGUUACCCAGGGGGCCGCUGGUGUCCCAACCACCAGUUCCAGUGUGCGAACAAGCUGUGUGUGUAUGAGAACUGGGUGUGUGACGGCAACAACGACUGUGGAGACCACUCCGACGAGGAGCUCAUCUUAUGUUUGAACAUCACCUGUGAGAUGCCAUCYAGGUUCCGCUGCGCUAACGGCUACUGCAUCUACUCUGGGAAUCUGUGUAACCAGAAGGACGACUGUGGGGACGGAAGUGACGAGAAGGAGGACCUCUGCCGUGAGCCCACCCUGGCUCCUUGCACCCUCCAGGAGUUCAAAUGUACCAAUGGACAGUGUGUAGCCCUGCCCUAUGUGUGUGACCACAAUGACAACUGUGGGGACCUCACUGACGAGAUAGGCUGCAAUUUUGGCCAUGACCGGACCUGUGAGGAGAAACUGUGUCAGCACGAGUGUACCAACCUGAACAAGACCGGCUUCAUCUGCUCCUGUAGACCUGGAUACAGAGUGGACCCGGACAGCACCUUCAACUGCAAAGAUAUCAACGAGUGUGAGGUACAUGGGACUUGCCCGCAGAUCUGCAAGAACACCAAGGGCGGGUACGACUGUGAGUGUGCCCCCGGGUACCGCAAAGUGGGUAAUGGCAACCAGUGUGAAGCUGAGGGUGCCGGGCCUCUCCUGUUGCUCCCAGAGAAUAUCCGUAUCCGGAAGUUCAACUUGCAGAUGGAGGCCUACCAUGACUUCCUCGAGGAGCAGGAGCACAUCAUGGCUCUGGACUAUGACUGGGACCACAACAACACUGGACUCAGUAUGGUGUAUUUCACGGUGGAGGGGAAGGACAAUGCGGCAGGCGCCAUCAAGCGGGCAUAUAUACCCACAGUGGACGACAAUAGCAACAAUAUAGCCGCCGCUGUCGACCUGGGCAUCAAAUACAUUACCACGCCAGAUGGCAUCGCUGUUGACUGGGUCGGAAGGAACCUGUACUGGGCGGACUCGAGAGUCAAGAGAAUAGAGGUGGCCAUGCUGGAUGGGCGCUACAGGAAGCACCUGGUCAAGACGGACAUUGACCAUCCCUCUGCUGUGGCUGUCAAUCCUCGACUGGGGAUGCUGUACUGGGCGGACCGCGGAACCGCGGCCAGGAUUGAGUACUCAUGGUUGGACGGGCAGCACCGGAAUGUCCUGGUGCCCGACGGCCUGGGUUUUCCAACAGGCCUGUCAAUCGACUACGCCAACGGUGACCGGGUCUACUGGUCCGAUGCCAAGGAGAGUCGCAUUGAGUCGGUGCUACCUUCCGGAGAAGACCGCCGCACUGCACUGUAUAUUGAUGUGCGGUACCCUUUCAGUGUGAGUGUGUUUGAGGACCACAUUUACUGGAGCACGCAAGAGAAAGGGGAAGUGUUCCGGCAGGACAAGUUUGGCCGUGGCACCAAGACCAAGCUGCUCACCGCUGGGCCCUGGCUCACCCAGAUCAGCGUGUACCAGCAGCAGAGAUACAACUCAAUAGGCAUGAAAAACCCUUGCAAAGGGAUCUGUAGUCACUUGUGUCUGCUCAGACCUGGAGGCUACACCUGCGCCUGCCCUGAGGGAACCAGCUUUGUCUCUGGCAGCAACACAGACUGUGAUGCAGGAUUUGACCCCCCACCCACCAUGCCCCCUCCAUGUCAGUGUAUAAAUGGCGGAACAUGCUACUUUGAUGACAACAAGGCCAUGUGCAUAUGUCCUCCAGAAUGGCGGGGAGACUUUUGCGAGAUAAAUAUAUUUGGGGUGGUCGCGUCUUCAGUGGGUAUAGCCAUCGGGGUGACUGUACUGAUAGUUCUUCUCCUUGGGGGUCUGGUCUUUGCUGCCCAGAGGAAGGCCAGUGUCAUGGAGACAAUAAGCCACAUCAUGCCAAGUAUGCCUAGCUUCAGGGGUGCCCCAAAUCAAAGCUCUGACCCAUCUGAGGAGGGGAAUGACCCGGGCCCAAGCAUCAAAGCGGAGCCCUGUACUGCUGUUCCUAUGGAGGAGGCAGGGGGGAAGAGUUUUGAGAACCCUGCCUAUGCAGCUGAGGGGGUUGAGAGACCUACCCCUAACGGUAUCGCUACUGCCACCCUUGUGCCCAAUGCGACAGCAAUGGAGAACAUUGAGAACCCGUUGUAUGCUGAGGUUCGUGUGGUAGCUGAGCCUGACCCUGAGCCCGACGCUAGCGCCACACCUGCUAAUACUGUAUCAGUCGAGGGGGCCUUUGAGAAUCCAGAUGCGGAACCAGUCGCUGACGAGUCACUAAAGUGCGAACCCAUUCCUGAUGACAAUGCCGACGACAGUUUCAUAAACCCAAUGUUCUCGGAUCCCACUUACCCAUCCACCCCAGCAGACUCCUUCAUUUGACCUCCACACCAGGCAAAUCAGUGGACAAAACAACAGGACUAAACACGGGACUAAACUGAACACUAGGACUAACACUGGACUAAUCAUACCUCCCCCACCUCUCCCUGGUUGGAAAAUGGGUUAUUAAAGCUAACCUACUGUCAUUUUUUCCCCUCAAUAUAUUUCAUGAUGUGCGCAAUGAUGUGAUUUAGUGGAUUAUUAUUGGGUAAGCAUUAGACUAAUUUCUCUGUAGGAGCUGAUCCCUCGUCAGUGUUGUGGAAUACUUAUAAUUUAAAAGGUAAGAUUUGAAUGGAGAAAGCUGAUCCGAGAGCAGCGCUGCCUUUCUUUUGAUCCCAUCGAUAUGGACAUAUUCUCCAACGUAACACCGAGUGAACAUUAACUCUACGUGGUGUUCUGGAAACGCGUGUUACACCUUCAGCCGUUGUAAGAACAAUGCAUCGUUAAAACACUCACGAGUUCCAUCGCUGUUGGGAAACUGGGCCCAGAGCAGUUGAAGGAAGUGAUGCGAUAGUGGGUGAACGGUAGAACGGAUGUUUCUAGAAUGAUGUGCCUUAGUUAUAAGUAUAUAAGAUUACAAUCUGUGAUUAAUUAUAUUUGAUUGACUCUCGUCAUACAGCGAAACAGACUGUUGAUGUAUAUGAUGUUGUAAAUUAUCUUGUUUGAUACUGUAUGAUUAAACCGUUUGUUGUCGA